AUGCAGGUUUCCGACUCGGAAGGUACCCUAGGGGACCUGAUCUCGACGCCCCCGAAUGGUCGAGCCAAGAAAAAUGAGAAGCCGACGGCCCGUAAAGCCACAGACCAGUUCCACUCCUCGAGCGACACCGACGUCGAUGUUGAAGUCGAAGCCCAGGACGACAACGACUCGACGGGUAAGGAUUACAUACAAAAGAAACUCACACUCACUUUCAAGUCCGUCACGGUGCUUGUAAAGGCGGCUGAAGAAGCGCUGGGCGAGACGUUAUGGUCUCGUGUUGACCCAACACAACUGGUCGGCCUUCGCGGAGGUCGUUCUUUACCAAAGCGAGCUAUCCUUAGCGAUGUUACUGGACAGGUCAACCCGGGGAGAUGCGAAGUCCAAGGCGAGGUCCGAUACGGCAGCAUGACGCACAAGCAGGCUCGCGGGUACCGCCAGCAAAUUGUCUUCAACACCGAGGACGACAUCCACUUCCCCACCAUGACGGUGAACCAAACCAUGAAGUUUGCCCUCAAGAAUAAAGUGCCUCGGGAUCGUCCCGCCGAGGUGGAGAAGAAAAACGACUUUGUCAAGGGCAAGCGGACGGGCAUCCUAGAUGCUCUAGGUAUCGGACACACGCAAAAGACGCUGGUUGGCAACGAGUUUAUCCGCGGUGUGUCUGGCGGUGAGAGGAAGCGUGUGUCCCUCGCAGAGGUCAUGGCUAGCCAGAGCCCCGUCCAAUUUUGGGAUCAACCGACUCGAGGUCUCGAUUCCAAAACCGCCCUCGAGUUCGCCGCUACUCUCCGCGAACAGGCAGAUCGAAACGGCAGGACCGUUGUUGCGACCAUGUACCAAGCCGGCAACGGCAUCUACGACAAGUUCGACAAGGUUCUCGUCCUCGCCGAAGGUCGCGUCAUCUACUACGGCCCUCGCGUUCUCGCAAAGUCCUACUUCGAGAAUCUCGGGUUCGAGGGCCGAGUGCCCACCACACCCGCCGAGUUCGAGGCCGUGUAUAAGCGCAGCGAGCGAGUCCAUCUUUUACGCCCCGGCAUCCUCUUCUUCCCCGUCCUCUACUUUUUACUCGAGUCCAUGUCCGAGACCACCGCCUCCUUCAUGGGACGCCCCAUUCUCGUCCGCCACAAGCGCUUCGGCUUCUACCGCCCAGCAGCCUUUUGCAUCGCCAACGCCAUCACCGAUAUCCCCGUUGUUAUGCUGCAGGUGACGUGCUUUUCUCUCAUCAUCUACUUCAUGGCGAGCUUGCAACUCGAUGCCGGCCGAUUCUUCACGUUUUGGAUCAUCGUCAACGCUAGCACGCUGUGCUUCGUCCAAUUGUUCCGCAUGGUGGGCGCCCUUUUCUCGCGUUUCGGCACGGCGUCCCAGGUCUCGGGUCUGCUGUCUACCGUCUUCUUCGUCUACAGCGGCUACCUGAUCCCCUUUGAGAAGAUGCACGUCUGGUUCCGCUGGAUCUUUUACCUCAACCCGGGCGCUUACGCCUUCGAGUCUCUCGUGGCCAACGAAUUCGGCGGUCUCAGUCUGGAGUGUGUCGCGCCUCAGUAUAUCCCCUACGGCCCUGGCUACGACGGCCAGCCCGCAGCGAACAGGGGAUGCACCGUCAUUGGUUCAAGCCCUGACGGCAUCAUCAACGGCGAGGAGUACAUCUUCAAGCAAAAUAACUACUCCACGGGACACAUCUGGCGUGGGUUCGGCGUUCUGGUCGGCUUCUGGAUCUUUUUCAUCGCCGUAACGGCGCUCGGAUUCGAAUUGCGCAACAGUCAAAACGGGUCAUCCGUGCUGCUGUAUAAGCGGAACUUCCGGAACAAGACCAAGGUUGCCGAUGCCGAGGCGGGUGCGGUCAGCGAAAAGACGAGUGCUGCUCCGGCGCCUCAGGAGGUUAAGCAGUCAACGUUCUCGUGGCAUGAUCUGGACUACUUUGUCAAGUAUCACGGCGAACAGAAGCAGCUCCUCAACAAGGUAUUUGGUUACGUGAAGCCCGGCAACCUUGUCGCUCUUAUGGGCUGCUCCGGUGCUGGAAAGACAACUCUCCUCGAUGUCUUGGCCCAGCGUAAGGAUGCUGGUGAGAUUCGUGGUUCGAUUCUUAUCGACGGAAAGCCCCAGGGUAUCAGCUUCCAGAGGAUGACUGGCUACUGCGAGCAGAUGGACGUGCACGAAGCCACCGCCACCGUUCGUGAGGCACUUGUUUUCUCUGCUCUCCUUCGUCAGCCCCGCGAGGUAUCUGAGUCGGAGAAAAUGGCUUAUGUAGACCACAUCAUCGAACUUCUUGAGCUUCAGGACAUCAAGGAUGCUCUGAUCGGAAUACCCGGUGCUGGCCUGAGCAUCGAGCAGCGCAAGCGUGUCACCCUCGGCGUUGAGCUUGUCGCCAAGCCGACCCUCUUGUUCCUAGACGAGCCCACCUCCGGCCUUGAUGGCCAGUCAGCCUACAACAUCAUUCGAUUCUUGAGGAGCCCCUUGCGAGCUAGCCCCACUAACCUUGACGUUCCAGCCGGCGAGAACUCCGCCACCGUCCUCAACUACUUCUCCCGUAAUGGUGCCCCUUGCCCUGACGAAGCCAACCCGGCUGAACACAUCGUCGAGACCAUCCAAGGAAACACGGAGCUACCUAUCGACUGGGUUGAUGUUUGGAGCAAAUCCUCCGAGUGCCAAGAAGCACUCAAGGAGCUCAAGACCAUUGAUGCCAUGGCACUCCAGGGCGCGCAGGGAGAAGAGGACACGGCAGAUUUUGCCACCUCCAAGUGGUUCCAGUUCCGCAUGGUCCUGCACAGGCUCAUGAUUCAACUUUGGCGCUCUCCCGUAAGCACAUUCGUCCACCCUCAACGUGUCUAUGAACACCUGACUCACAAUAUAUUGAUUCUAGGAUUACCCAUUCUUUUGCACAACCGCGACCUCUUCGAGACGCGUGAGAAGAAGUCCAAAACAUACCACUGGCUUGCCUUUAUCGGCGCGCAGACGGUGUCCGAGAUUCCGUAUCUCAUCAUCUGCGCCACGCUCUACUUUGCCUGUUGGUACUUCACUGCCGGAUUCCCCGUCGAAGCCAAGAUCUCUGGCCAUAUGUAUCUGCAAAUGAUCUUUUACGAGUUUCUGUACACUUCUCUCGGCCAAGCCAUCGCCGCGUACGCCCCCAACGAGUAUGGUGCCGCCAUCCUGAACCCCAUCAUCAUUGGAGCUGGCAUGAUUUCAUUCUGCGGCGUCGUUGUACCCUACUCCCUUAUGCAGCCCUUCUGGAAAUAUUGGCUCUACUACCUGGAUCCCUUCCACUAUCUCGUGGGUGGCCUGUUCGGGACCGUAGUCUGGGACGUUCAGGUGCAAUGCCGACCCGAAGAGCUCACCACGUUUGAGCCGCCCAGCGGCCUCUCUUGCGGGCAAUACAUGUCGGACUUCUUGGCGAAGGACGGCGGAUACGUGGUUGACGCCAACGCAACGAGCGCCUGCCAAUAUUGCCCGUACAGCACUGGAGCUGACUAUGCCAAGUCUUUCAACAUUAACGAGGCCUAUUAUCCCUGGAGAGAUGUCGAAGACACGGACCCUGCUGGUGUACUUGCUAGCACCAGCGAGGUCGAGAGCGGUUUCGAAGAGAUAGUCGGCAGAUUUGAGGAACUUGACCGCUCGGGUCUCGCAGGGUGGCAGGACGGAACGCUCAAUCCUGCGGCAAGUAUCGGGCGAAAUGGCGAGAGUAGCGCCGAAACGCUCGCAGGCGAGUAG